GGUUGAGACGCGGGGAUGGCGGGCGCCGGGAGCGAAGCCCGGUUCGCUGGGCUGUCGCUGGUGCAGCUCAACGAGCUGCUGGAGGACGAGGGGCAGCUGACGGAGAUGGUGCAGAAGAUGGAGGAGACGACCCUGACCUACGCUGGUUCAACCUAACGACUGUUGGACUUGACGAGGGUGUGAAAGCGGUAUGCAUUCGACGCAGAAUGUUCAGCUCAACAAAGAAAUGACACUCGCCAGCAACCGGAGCCUGGCAGAAGGAAACCUUCUGUACCAGCCCCAACUGGACGCCCUGAAAGCACGUUUGACCCAGAAGUACCAGGAACUCCAGGUUCUCUUUGAAGCCUAUCAGAUAAAGAAGACCAAAUUAGACAGGCAGUCUAGCAGCGCUUCCUUGGAGACCCUGCUGGCACUCCUGCAGGCAGAAGGGGCCAAGAUUGAGGAAGACACCGAGAACAUGGCAGAGAAGUUUCUUGAUGGAGAGCUUCCUCUGGACUCCUUCAUCGAUGUCUAUCAGAGCCAGCGGAAACUGGCCCACACUCGAAGAGUUAAAAUCGAGAAGCUCCAGGAGCUGGUGCUGAAGGGGCAGAGACUUCCACAGGCCUCUGUGCCGGCCCCACUGCUGCCCAGGGUGCCCGAGCCGGUGCCCGCUGCCCCCCUGCCCUACCCUACCUCGGAGGCCGGUGGGCCUCCCUCCAUGCUACCUCGGCGCAUCCCUCCGCCACCGCCCCCGGUGCCUGCAGGACGCUUGGCCACGCCGUUUACCGCCGCCAUGGGCUCGGGACAGGCCCUCCCGUACCCGGGGUCACAGUGCCCUCCCCUGCCCCCCCGCAUGGGCCUGCCCCCCCAGCAAGGAUUUGCCGCACAGUUCGUGUCUCCGUACCCGCCCGCUCUCCCCCAGAGGCCCCCGCCCCGGCUGCCUCCACACCAGCCAGGCUUCAUCCUCCAGUGAGCCUCCCCCGUCCUUCCUGGGAGGCUGCACCUGCCGGCCGGGGCUCUGCACACACAGGCUGCGAGGACCAGGGGGCCGGUGCCCUGGGCCAGCACGUCCAUUUGAUUUUAGAACUGUAGGUCAGCGGUAAGUAGCCGUAGGACCCGGUUUUGUACCCAGGAGGUUGUGUGUGCAAGGCCUCAGCCUGGCAUCCCCACGGUCGCGCUGGUUGGUUUUUGGUAUGAUUUUUAAGUCUUGUAAUGUUGAUGGACUUCUAGGUCUGGGGGAAAAGCGUCCCUCCCUCCCCGCUUAGAAUUGUGGUCCUCCCAUUGCGACUUUAUUUAAUGAGCAUGCUCCAUCGUUUCUUCUUUGUUUGCAAAAGUCCAGACCGCGCGGCCUCGCCCACCGCGCGCCACGGUCCCUGGUCAGGGUAGGUCAGGUGGGCUGGCCUGGAAGGUGCUUACUGAAUCUGGGGGCAGGGGUUGCCAGUCACCCCUCCCCCCAAACCUGGAUGCUUCAAAGCCCCGUGCAGCGUUUGCACUGGGCCCACGGCCAGGUCCAGAGGCUGGGUGAGUUGCAGCCAGGCCGGAGGAGGGGGGUCUGAGCUGGGCCUUGCACGGCGAUGCCCUCCACUCCUUUUCUCUCUCCGCCGUGGGCCAGCCCCUGACGGUUUCUACAAAGAAAUACUCCCCCUAAUAUUUUUACUACCUAAUUUUCCUAUUUUAUAUUGGCAAAGAAAACUUUUUGGACACAAGACCAUUCAGGGAAACUUUAUAAAAAUGCAAAUAUUGUUUAGAGCAGAUUGAAGUACAGAAGUGAAUGCCAUUUCCUUUUUUACAAGCAGUGUAUGGUCACACCUGUGGGUGCCUGUGCUGUGCCUUAGUUUCCCCUGGCGCCAGUGAGGGGCCGGCCCCAACUCCCCUGCAGGCCCCCAGGCUGGGCAGGCGGAGGGGUAGCUCCUAUAAGCGGCUUUAUGUUCCCAGAGGGGCUUGUUAGUUGUGUUACCAGCGGAAGCAGCCUGUCUCCCCCCCCCCCCCCCCCCCCC